CUGCUCCCGGGUAACCACGAGUGGCCCUGUUGCAGUAGUUAGUGCAAAACUCGCGAAGAGCUCGCAGCGGCCGGACCUGGUGUGCAUCCCACUGCUAAGUAUCUUCCAGGCAGCACAGUGCCCUGCGGGGCCGUCUUUGUCCAAAAUAAGGCUUCCUUGUAGAUAAAGUACCUGAUUUGGUGUGAGAACGUGGUAACAACAGAGCUCCAAGCGGUGAUCUGCAUACCCACUCAGGGAAACUCAGCGGGAGCUCUUUAUAACGAGGCACCCUGUGCCCAGGCAGGCAGACUCCCCAGGAGCACGUGUCUAGUGGGGUCACGGGUGUUGGGUUGCAACUGGGCUCCUGGUUGUCAAAGAGAAAGGGAGCCCAGGUGUCGGGAGGAGGGCGUGUGGUACAAGGGCGUGCGCUCGGGAGCGGGUUGCAUUCCACCACGUAUGAGUUUCCUCCCAGAUCGGGCCCGGGACACCCAGACGGACGAGAUUGUCGCCCUGAAGAAAGUGCGGAUGGACAAGGAGAAGGAUGGGGUCCCCAUCAGCAGCCUUCGCGAGAUCACGCUGCUCCUCCGCCUCCGCCAUCCGAAUAUCGUGGAGCUGAAGGAGGUGGUGGUGGGGAACCACCUGGAGAGCAUCUUCCUGGUGAUGGGCUACUGUGAGCAGGACCUGGCCAGCCUUCUGGAGAACAUGCCAACGCCCUUCUCGGAGGCCCAGGUCAAGUGCAUCGUGCUGCAGGUGCUGCGGGGUCUCCAGUACCUACACCAGAACUUCAUCAUCCACAGGGACCUGAAGGUUUCCAACUUGCUCAUGACCGAUAAGGGUUGCGUGAAGACAGCGGAUUUCGGCCUGGCCCGGGCCUAUGGCAUCCCCGUGAAGCCAAUGACGCCCAAGGUGGUCACUCUGUGGUACCGAGCCCCGGAGCUGCUGCUGGGCACCACCACACAGACCACCAGCAUCGACAUGUGGGCCAUGGGCUGCGUCCUGGCCGAGCUGCUGGCCCACAAGCCCCUUCUCCCGGGCACAUCUGAGAUCCACCAGGUGGACCUGAUCGUACAGCUGCUGGGGACACCCAGUGAGAACAUCUGGCCGGGCUUCUCUCGGCUGCCGCUGGUCGGCCAGUACAGCCUGCGGAAGCAGCCCUGGCUUCUCAGAACACAGGCCGUGCCGCCACCAAGGGGUCCCUCCCAGACACAUGCGUGGCGAGCCAGGGCGACGGCUGGGGACUGCCUGGAGAGCUCCUACUUCAAGGAGAAGCCCCUGCCCUGUGAGCCGGAGCUCAUGCCCACCUUCCCUCACCACCGCAACAAGCGGGCUGCUCCCGCCGUGUCUGAGAGCCAGAGCAAGCGCUGCAGGCCCUGACGCAAGGCCCCUGCCGGCCAGGCUGACGGCUCCCGAGAUCCAGCUGGACCCUCGGCCAGGACUCACCAGCUGCUUCAGCCGACCACUCUGAUUCCUGCCUCCUCACCCACCACUGCCCCAGAACGGCAGGGUGUGCACUGGUGAUAUGGAUGUGGCACCCUGAGCCCGGCCCCACCUGAGCUGUGGUGGCCCCACCUGGGGCCCUACUAGGUUCUGCCCAUUGCCCCACCCUGGGCUCCUAGCAGCUCUGGAAGCACCCACGGGGCUCAUCUUGGGGGUGUUGCUGGCUAGGGGUGUGUGGAGGGGUUGGGUGUGGGUUGGACCCGGGUCUGGGCCAUGACCACUUGGAGACACCAGAGCAAAUGCCCUCCUGGGGGCAGAGCCCCAGGGGAGGGUACAGUUAGUGCUACAGGAACUGAAAUAAAAGCUUUCCUGACAGAC